AUGGAGCGAGGUGACAACUUGGACGACUUUGGUCGCUUCUACAGCGAGGUCAGAACACAGCUUGAUGAACUGCUUGACGACGUUGUGUACGGAUGGGAGGGAGACCCCGACCCGGACGGGUCCCGCGGGGAGGCACUGGCCAACACCAUCUGCGUCCUUGUUGAGCGAGAGGCCAGCAGGCAGCAGUUGUCGGAGGCCGGGAUGAGAGGCUUUGUGGGCGACCUGCGAAGCACGUUCCAGGACAUGGUCAACGCGCAGAAGCAGAAACGCCCUGGACAAAGUAUCUCGUACGAAAACGUCAUCAGGCGUAUCAGUUUGAGGAAGCCGGCCAAGGAAAAGGGGCCCGGUCCUCAAAAACGACUGCGACUCUUCCCCGGCCACGGCCGAGAGACGGACACCAAGUCUGGCUCUGGGCAGGGUGGCUAG